AUGACUCGCCAAAGCCAGACAGCUGCCGAUGUUCGUCGAGCUGCCCGCGACGGCCUGAAGGGGAGCACCGCUGGUCUCGCCCCUGGCCACGUUCAGGCGAACCUCAUCAUUCUCCCGGAGAGAUAUGCCAAGGACUUCCGCAACCUUUGCCUGCGCAACCCCGUCGCCUGCCCGCUGCUCGCCGAGACGAAGCCGGGGGAGACGAAAUUCCCGCCCGGCGUCGCUGAUGGGAUCGACAUUCGCACGGACGUGCCAGGGUACAAUGUCGUCGCCUUCCUCAGUGAGUUUUGUGGUCAAGGUCAACCACUGAUCUCAGUCGGCUGCUCUUUCUCCUUCGAACACGCCUUGGUGCAGGCUGGACUCGUGCCACGACAUAUCGAGAACAAUGUAUCGGCUUGCAUGUUCCACACGAACGUGCCGUUGAUGCCUGCGGGAGUAUUUGGAGGCAACACAGUUGUGUCCAUGAGACCGUACCGCGCCGAGGACGUCGAGAAGGUGCGCGCUAUCACUCGGCCGUACAUCACUACCCACGGCGAGCCGAUUGCUUGGGGAUGGGACGCUCUUGAGAAGCUGGGUAUCAGCGAUAUCAACAAGCCUGACCAGGGUUCGGCGCAGGAAAUCCGGGAAGGGGAGGUGCCUGUCUUCUGGGCGUGCGGGGUUACACCCCAAUUGAGUGUGAUGCAGUCGCCGGAGGUAAAGGGUAUGGUGAUCGGGCACACGCCUGGGUCUAUGGUUGUCCUUGACACUCGCGUCGAGGACGUUGUGCAAUGA